AUGGCCGGACGUAUAGUCUCAGCCUCCAUAAGGGCAGUAGCUGGAAGCAGGAAACCUAUUAAGGCUGCUCUCACCUUGACACCAUCAGCCGUUGAUCAACUGAAAAAAAUACUGUCUGGAAAAUCAAAUUGUAUCGGUCUUAAAAUCGGCGUUAAACAACGGGGAUGCAAUGGUUUAAGUUAUACUCUAGACUAUGCCAGUGAAAAACAUAAAUUAGAUGAAGAAGUUGUACAAGAUGGGAUCCGUGUAUUUAUUGAUAGAAAAGCUCAGUUGACGUUACUUGGAACUGAAAUGGACUUUGUUCAAUCCAAAUUGUCUUCAGAAUUUGUGUUUUAUAAUCCAAACAUUAAAGGAACUUGUGGAUGUGGUGAAAGUUUUAACAUCUAA